UUUAAAGGUUGAUCGAUAGUAUAUUAUUUUAUUAAAUAACAAGCGACAUUGUUGCAAAUACUGCCAGAAAAUGAGCGGUUCAGUGAAGAAGAUCGCCGACGUGACUUUCAAGGCCGGCAAGACUAUUGAUUGGGAAGGAAUGGCCAAUCUUCUCGUCAGCGAUGAAGCUCGCAAGGAGUUCUCCAAUCUCCGUCGCGCUUUCGAUGAUGUCAACUCCCAACUUCAGACCAAGUUCAGUCAGGAACCUGAACCUAUCAACUGGGGGUAUUACAGAAAAGGAAUUGGUUCUCGCUUGGUAGACAUGUACAAAGAGGCCUACGACAGCAUUGAGAUCCCCAAGUUUGUGGAUAUGGUGACUCCUCAAUAUAAACCCAAAUUUGACGCCUUGUUGGUGGAGCUGAAAGAAGCGGAGCAGAAAUCUCUGAAGGAAUCUGAAAGAUUAGAAAAAGAAGUUGCAGACGUGCAAGAGUUGAAGAAAAAACUUAGUACGAUGACAGCUGAAGAAUACUUUGAGAAGCAUCCUGAGCUGAAAAAGAAGUUUGAUGAUGAAAUUCAAAAUGAUUACUGGGGCUAUUAGCAGGUUUUUUUUUUUGGGUAAAGUUGAUCAAAGAAAAAGAAGCAGUUGUGGUUUGUUUUCAAAUGUUAACUUGGACAUCCUAAUAUGACCUUGAAUUUGGGGGAUGUUUAAUUUCACUAGGCUUUAAAUAUGCAAACCCAAUCUUUUUACUAGCUCAUUGAAACACAAUUCCACAAAAAGGAAUACUUUCUUUAUGAGAUACAUACUAUCCACUUCCUUUCUAACA